AUGAGUUGUUUCAACAAUGUUCACUUCUCUAGAAAUCAUUUCACACCACACUAUACCACUCCAUAUGAAAUCGAGAGAGUAACUGUUGAAAUCAAAGAGAUUGGUGUUACCGCAACUAUUUAUCCGAUUAAAAGUGUGACAGAGGUCCCCUAUAACCUGAUAUCAUUUUUAGCUCAAGAAUAUAAUGAUGAAAUUGCACGUGGUGACACGUUACCAUUUUUUGAUCCUUUAUCCAUUGAAGAAUUUAAAAAUUACUGGUUUGGACAGUUUGCGGCCGUAAUGUGCAUUGGGGAAGAUUCUGAAUUGGGUGAAGAUAUAACGGUGAGUGACUGGGCUAAACGAUGUAUUGGCACAUUUUACAUUAAAAGUGCUUAUCCUGGUAGGUGUUCUCAUAUAUGUACGUCGAACUUUCUAGUCAAUGCCGGUAUUAGAAGACGUGGCGUUGGGUUUUACUUAUGUGAAUGCUUUCUUAGAUGGGCACCGAUAUUGGGAUAUUCAAGGUCAAUAAUUGAACUAGUCUUUGAGACAAAUAUUGGCGGAAGAAGGUUAUUGCAGAAAUGUGAAUUUAAGAUUGUUGGAAAGGUGAACUCAUGUGCUAUUUUGAAAAGUACAAAAGAUUUGAUGAUCAAUUCUUUUAUAUUUACCAAGGAGUUGAUGAUUAUGAGCAACAAGCCGCCUGCUUCCAAAUACGAUCAAAUAAUGAUGUAUAUAACAACUGGGAAAUAUCCUCCCGAUUUAAGUAAAGCGGAUAAGGGUAGAAUACGAGCCGCUUCUUACAAUUACCAAGUGAUUGGUGAUAAACUUUACUUGAAAGGUAAAGAGGUUAUUACUGAUGAAGUUGAACAGUUUAGACUAACGACGAAAGUACACGAAGAAAACCAUCUCGGUAUAAAUAGGACAACUUCAGCUGUAUCUCAAAGGUAUUAUUGGUCAAGAAUAAAAAAUACCGUUACUAAGGUGAUUUCUCAAUGUCCUAAAUGUAAUUCAAAGGAGAACAGGGUGCUGAACAAGAAAAGGAAAAAUUCAGAAAUACAUCACACCGCCGAUGUGAACGAAAACCAUUCGUAUUUAAUGUCGUUUCCCUCAUCUCAGAAUAUACAGGGAGCCCCAGACACCCCAGACACUGUUUUAGAGAGAUCAGAAAAGGAAAUGAUUAGACUGAUGCGGAUGGAUAGCAGCAACCUCUCCAAAUCACAAGAGGGUGAUGGUAGACAUAUGGAUUAUUCAUUCUUUGGUCUUAAAAACAGUCAAGAUGCUAAUCAACCAGAUCAGAGUCUCAAUAAUGUAAAUGCGUCUUUGAAAUUCCCACAGUCAUUGCUGAAUCCUCAACCGAAUGCCAGGAAUCCGUACUAUAGCAACAACUCUUCUUCGAGUCAAAUUUUCAAUUUAGAAAAUUUUGAUUUUAUGGAUGGAAAUUAUAACGAGGAAGAAGAUGAAGAUUAUGAUGAAGAUGAAGCAGAAGCAGAAGAAGAUGGUGAUGAUGAGGAUGAGGAUGAAUAUGAUGAAGAAGAAGAAGAAGGAAGAGGAGGAGGAGAGGAAGAACACGACGUUGUAGCUGAAGUGGAAAAGGGUGAAGCGGGUAGUUUGCAAGUGGAAAAUAAUCACGGAAAAGGCCAGACUCGUUUUAAAGAAGGAGAAUAUUCAAAAAAUAUUCAAUUUGUAGACACUGAUUAUAUGAAUCAAGGAUAUAGAGAUACCGGAACGACAGGUACCACGGAUACUGUAGGAAUAGACACAGGAACGAGCAUAGACUCAUUUAAUCCUCAAACCUAA